GGGAAAUUCGAGGCCUGCUCUUAAUAUGUCUAAAACAUGGGAAAUGGUUGUUCGUGGCAGAACAACAGAAGCCAUUACGCUCCAAUUGGAUGGUAUUGAGCGCAAAAACUGGUUGAAACUUCUCGGAAUGGCUUUUCAGGACGACCCUUGCUGUUGGGAUUUACAAGUCGACAUCCUGCUAUCGAAGGUUGCUAGCCGUAUGUAUAUCCAAGAAAAUCAGUCAGACGUUUUGUACGCCUCCAUUUCCUUUCUGCUUUCCAUCUCAUAUACGCUUUGCACAUUUAAUCUCGUCAUUGUACCAUGGGACAACAGGCCUGGUGACAAUAGUCUUGGAUAUCAGUGGCUUGAUGAUUUAGAGCAGAUAGAUAUUACUAUAGCAUGAAACCAGGUCUGUAAGAUUGCAUGGUGGGUUUUUACAGUGAUCGGAAGAGGAUGUUUCUUCUUUUAAAGCCUUAAUAUUGACAGAUUUAAGUUCACGAAAAGAAGCAUGUUUCUGUGCUAGUAGAACUGCGUUAGAUUCAAGGUUACAAAGAACAGCGUUGUGGUCAGAAAACAAAUGGUCAACCCUGGGAAUGCUGGUGAUGAUAUUAUCAGUCUGCUUGCUGCAUGGUGAUGUGAUAUUACAUCAAGGGUAUGGCCGGAGCAGUGAGUGGCGCCUCUGACAUGCUGUUUUAGAGCAGUACUUUCAAGGAAAUCAAGGAAUUUAAUGGAGUCUAAGUUAUCCGUACAUCGACGUGGCUGUUAAAAUCACCUGUUAUUAGGAGGAGACAAAGUAAUUGAUUCCUCGAGUUUGGUAAACUCAGAGAAAAAUACACUUGUAGACACUGGAUGAGCAUCUGAGUACAGAGGUCGAUACACAAUGACCACAAUGUUGGUAAUUUUGUUCACUUUGCCCUUUAAGCAGCAAUCAAGAAUCUUCAUUUUACUGUUUCACUCUGAUCGGGCUUUUUUGGGUUGUUUUUGUUUUUUUGUUGUUUUUUUUUUUUUUGGGGGGGGGGGGCUUAACCCCCUCCCACUUUUACUUAUAGGGGCUAUAGUCCCCUUAGCCCAGCUCCCUGUUCCGCCGCCCCUGGUAUGUUUAAUUAAUGUAUGGGAGUAUUGCGUGGAGCCUCAGAGAUCCUCAGAACGUGGAGCACAGUGACUGGACUAUGGUUGAUGAGGGGGAAUUUUUUCUGCCUACUUAGCAUGCUGAUCGAUGCGGAAGAAUGUGGAAGUCAUUGCGGAAUGCAACAAAGCAUUGCAAAGGAGACGAAGUAAAAGUGGACGCUGUAUCGCUGUUGAGCAAGAGUGUUUAUUACGGUACGAUAGCAGAAUUUUUGUUAAAUUAGGACAAAAUUGAAGUCAUUAUAUAUUAUAUAAUUAAUAAAUUGAGAGAAAUUAUUAGUAUUUCAACAGCCCUAUUUUUAAUAUUUUGUAUGAACACGGUUGAUGUCUGUUGAAGCAAAACCAUAUAACAGCUUGCUGCUUUAUUCUCGGUUCAUCUCGUAUGGUUUUCUACAGCAUAGGAUAUAACUUUAGAUUGGUUUGACUAAGAAUGACAAAUUGUAGCAAAUAAGGAUAUU